AUGCUUCUUACUCUCGAGACCUCACAUGCAAUCAAUCGGAGAUCCAUCUCUCCGGUGAAUCAUCUUGGUCUCGAGAUCUGCAAAUCACGAUCGUCGCGAUGUCCUCUCCCUCCCCCGUCCGAAUCUGUAACGCCGGAGAUUGGUCUAUGGCUUAAAGCCAUCGCUGCCGACCUCAGUGUGGUGACGAGGAAUCUAACCUCAACAUCUCUUCGCCCAAAACAAGACCCACGUUUUCCAGAGCCAUGCGAGCCCUCUUCACCACCGAAGUUACCAUAUCCACCGGAUCCUCCCCCGGAUCCGCCAGACCCUUCUCUUGUGGAGGUGCUUCGAUCUUCAUCCCUGCUCACCGAUCCAAAAAAUCACCACUCCAUCGACCUUUUCCCUCACCUCCAUCCUCGAGGGGAUUUAGGCCAACCACUCCAUCCAUGGCCAAGAUAUCAAGGCGAGGCUUCUAGAUCAUCCAAGCCAUGUACGUUUUGGGCUCCGCCGGAUAUAAACCCACCACAAUCUCUCUUGUGGUGGUGGUCCUCAACUGCACCAACCUUUACAAUGCUGCCAGAAUUAAACGUCCGAUCCACCACCGUAAGUCGCUUCAUCACCGGUUCUGUUAUUGGGCCUGAUUGUAGAGGGCUUGGCCCAUAUAAGGGUGUGUUUGUGGAUUUGGAAACUGGUUGUAGUCUAGGAUCUUUAAGUAGUUUAGUUGCUUACAUUGUUCUAGUGAUAUCUUCGUUGUUACUAGCUAUGUUUAGGGCCAAUUUUUGGCUUCUAGAGUUAGAGUGUAAAUCCAGGAAUGCUUACUCCUCUGUGACUCGAACUAAAAUCCUAGCGGUUUUAGUCGAAGAUAAAAAGAAAAUCUCAGUAGAAUCCGAAUCCUUCCCAAUGGUUGGAGCCACUUCAUUAGGCUCCAUAGUUUCCAAACACCAUGGUUUAGUCCGUGGUUCUUUAUAUCAUUCCGAAACAUUUGAAUUUUUCUGUUUUAGACCUGUGUUGGGUUCGUAUGCCCUUGUAACUGAUUCUCCAGUUUAA